CAAAAUGAGCGUACUUAUACAUUUGUGCCGAUUCAUCGGCGUAGUAAGUGGCUUCGUAGUACCAGUUGUAGGAGGGCUACACGCAGCGUCAACGGGAAAUGUAAAACACGCAAACUACUACCUAAGAGCACUGGUAUUCUGGGUCAUACUGGACAGAAUCUUCUCACCAGUGCUGUUCGCACUGCUGGGUAUAGUGUCUGACUCACUGUGGCCACUCACAUUCAGUAUACUAUCAGUGCUACUAGUAACACCAAGAUCAAGAGCAUUGGAACUCGCAGACAAAUAUACAGUCAUGGCACUCAAAAACGGACUAGUCACAGUAGCAACAACAAAGCUGUGCGAAGUAAUGGAAAUUAUCAAAGAACAGAUAGAGUCCCUUAUAUGCACUGUCAGCAGUGGAUGCAGUAAAAAGGAGGAAUGAAUAAAAAGACACCUACAAUAAUGCUAUCGUAAUAAGUGCCAAAUUAACGUAUACAGGCACUGGAUGGAGGUGUUAAAAUAACAGUAUAAGCAUACAGAAAUUUUAAUUUUAUACACGCUAAU